AUUAAAUUGGUCACAAUAUGUCCGUUUAAUGUUCUUUAAAAAUGUCACUUUUUAUAAUAUUUAAACGUAGAACGUAGAUUAUGAAGCAGAGAUAUUAUCCGCAAUGGGAUUCCCAGUUCUACGACAGUGUUUUCGCUAAUCCAGCUCCGGAUCCUUUAAAGAACCUGAAAGAGGUGAGCAACACAACCAGCACUGUUCUCGGCUCCUCCGCAAUCCUUUCUAUCAAAUCUCUAAAAGCCUCCUGCUCAGCGAUAGUUAAGUUAUCACAAGAAGGCAGCACGUACUACAGCUCUAUCAGAGAUACGUCCAGUGCCAGUGGUAGUUACCAGUACCAACCUCCGGUCCUUACUUCAGAUGCUAAGGUAUCCGGCUGGUUCGCUGAUCACGUGGGGGCCACCAGCCAAUCAGCUCCUGAAACAACCUCCACUCCUCCCCCUCCAAACUCCUUCACACCUCACCAAACCUCAACUACUAUCCCCGACGAACAUACACGGCCUCCUCGAACCUCAUCUACAGUUCCAGAUCCCCAAAUACCCUCCUCUCCAGGAGGUAGCGGGGUGAGGGGGUCUAACAUCGCCUCCUCCUCCUCUCGGGGUAAACAGCCAAUGACGAGACCUCCUCGUCCUCCCAGUAUGCCUGUUCCACCUGAAGCCUCCGCUAUUCCUCCGCAAUCGUUACAGAUUCAGAACGAGCCAAGAUCUUCUAAGUCUGCUAUAUCAGGCAGCAAAGAAACGGUCACCACACCCCGCCGACCCCACAACACACCCAUUACACCACACUCUAGAGCUGCUAGGAACAGAGCCCUGCUUACUGACCAAGAUAAGGAUAUUAUCAAAGGUUUAAAGGAGCACGGAGUACCAUUGAACCAAACUAAAAUAUUUAUAAAGAAUGUUCCCACAACCCCAACCACUAGAGAAGAUGUCAAUACUCUACUGCUAAAGCAUGUUGAACAGGUGCACGAACUGGAGCAUGUAGAGGAAAUGAUAAUCGCAAUCACAGACACAAAAGGGAGCAAAGAAUUUAGAGAUCAGCUAGAUGGGACAGUUCUGGGUGGGUCGACUGCACCACUGGUUAUUGUGCUGAUAGACUAGUCGGACAGUGGAAAUUGAUACUGUAAUUGGAUAAUUGAUUGUGGAAAUUGUUACUGUUAUCAUGAUCAUGUGAUACUUAACCACGGCUGUUAAAGGUUUAAUCUAAAAUUUUUUCUUCAUGGCAGUUUUUAUGGUUUUUUCUUGCCGUUUUUUUAUGAAAAAGAGAAAAGAUAUUCUAAGUUUUCUAUUCGUGAAAGUUUGUUUACUUUUUUUUCGAGGAUCUCUUCAUUUGUUGUUGUAUUUUUUAUUUACAGAAGCGGUUGCAUAUAUUUGAUUUAUAUUUCAUAUGAGAUCUCAUUAAAGUUUGUGAACAUCAAUAAGUUAUUUAUAUUACUAGAGUUUGA